UGCUACUGCUGCUACUCAUGCUGCUGCUACAUUCACGGAAGUGUGCGCGAGUGUGAUGUUGUUGUUGUCGUCUUGUUGUUGUCUUGUUGUUGUGUGCGAGAGAGAGAGAGAAAGUGUUCACGCACACUCACAUGAGCCAUAGUGUUGAAUUGUAUAAUACACAAGAUUUUAAUAUACACCACACAGCACACAAAGACACGUUAUACGUUCACUACAGUACUUAGUAUAGACUGUGCCAUACACAUACUAUCCUACACGCGCGCAGUAAUCACACAUCGUUGAAUAGUUAACUACACUGUAGAUGAAGUAGGCGGUGUGUGUAAAGUUGUCAAAGUUGGUGCGUUAGAAGUGUCGAACAGAGUAGGGUAUGUGAGCGACUUCUCUUCCGUGUCUGCAACACACACGAAGACACACACAUACAGAUAGACACGAUAACUUAAACACAGACAUCCAUACACACACAUAUACAUCAUACGUUAAUACACACACAGACACGCCUACAUAAAGUCGCAUACGGACUCUGACACAUGCAUAAUAGACAAAUCGUAGGCACACACAAACUUACAAAGCCACUCUUAGACACACGCACACACAAACUUACAAAGACACUCUUAGACACACGCACACACAAACUUACAAAGACACUCUUAGACACACGCAUACAUAAACUUACAAAGACACUCUUAGACACACGCACACACAAACUUACAAAGACACGCUUAGACACACGCAUACAUAAACUUACAAAGACACUCUUAGACACACGCACACACAAACUUACAAAGACACUCUUAAGACACACGCAUACAUAAACUCAGACAAAUGCAUAAACAGUACAGGCUAUAACACACACACACAGAGAUAUUCGCACACAACACAGAGACACGAUUUAUGCACCAAGAAGAUGACGGACAAGAUGUCCAGCUUCCUCCACGUGGGAGACAUCGUCUCGCUGUACGCCGAGGGGACGGUGAACGGAUUCAUCAGUACCCUGGGGCUCGUAGACGAUCGAUGCGUCGUGCAACCUGCAGCCGGGGAUCUUACUCGGCCUCCCAAGAAAUUCAGAGACUGCCUCUUCAAGAUAUGCCCGAUGAAUCGCUACUCCGCGCAGAAGCAGUUUUGGAACGCGGCCAAGGCCGGGGCCAACACCGACCCGGCUCUUCUCAAGAAGCUCCACCACGCCGCGGAACUUGAAAAGAAGCAAAACGACACGGAGAACAAAAAGCUGCUGGGGAACGUUGUUCAGUACGGAAACGUGGUUCAGCUGCUGCACAUGAAGAGCAACAAAUACAUGACGGUGAACAAGCGUCUGCCGGCGCUGCUGGAGAAGAAGGCGAUGCGUGUGAUGCUGGACCCCUCCGGCAAUGAGGGCUCGUGGUUCUACAUCCAGCCCUUCUACAAGCUGCGCGUGCCCGGCGACAACGUGGUUGUGGGAGACAAGGUGGUGCUGAACCCUGUGAACGCCGGGCAGCCGCUGCACGCGAGCACUUUCGAGCUCGUGGACAAUCCCGGCAGCAACGAGGUGAAUUCGGUGCAGUGUGACACGAGCUGGAAGAUCACGCUCUUCAUGAAGUACAGCGACAACCAGGAGGACAUCCUCAAAGGGGGGGACGUCGUGCGUCUCUUCCACGCGGAGCAGGAGAAGUUCCUGACGUGCGACGUCUACAAGGAGAAGAAGGAGUACGUGUUCCUGCGCACGACACUCCGCGAGUCCGCCACCUCCGCCACCAGCCCCAAGGCGCUCUGGGAAGUCGAGGUGGUGCAGCACUGCCCGUGCCGUGGUGGCGCCGGACACUGGAACACGCUCUUCCGCUUCAAGCACCUGGCUACGGAGAAGUACCUCGCGGCAGAGAUAAACCCCGAUUACCAGGAUGCAGGGAGUGUGGCUUCCCCGCAAACCCCCGUGGAGACGGAGUUUCCACCGGAGGGCCCGCGAACGCGCGCCCGCCGGCGCCAGGAGAACAUCCACUUCACGCUCAUCUCGGUGCCGCAUGGCGACGACAUCGCCUCCAUCUUCGAGCUGGAUCCCACGACGCUGCAGCGCGGGGACUCACUUGUGCCACGCAACUCGUUUGUGCGCCUGCGCCACCUGUGCACCAACACGUGGGUGCACAGCACGUUCAUCCCCAUCGACGCGUCCGAGGAGCGCCCCGUCAUGCUCAAGAUCGGCACGUCGCCGCUCAAGGAGGACAAGGAGGCGUUCGCCAUCGUGCCCGUGUCGCCCGCGGAGGUGCGCGACCUCGACUUCGCCAACGACGCGUGCAAGGUGCUCGCGCUCGUCUCCGACAGCAUGGAGAAGGCCGACCUCUCGCACAACGAGCGCAAGUUCGUCACGAAGCUGUUGGAGGACCUGAUCUUCUUCAUCGCCGACAUCCCCAACAACGGGCAGGAGCCCCUCAAGGUGGCCAUCUCCAAGCCCAAUCGCGAGCGGCAGAAGCUGACGCGUGAGCAGAACAUCCUCAAGCAGAUCUUCCGGCUGCUGCAGGCUCCCUUCUCGGGGAACGGGCGAGAGUCGCUGCUGCGGCUGGAGGAGCUCUCCGACCAGAAGCAUGCGCCCUACAAGUACAUCUGCCAGCUGUGUUACCGCGUGCUGCGCCACUCGCAGCAGGACUACCGCAAGAACCAGGAGUACAUCGCCAAGCAGUUCGGCUUCAUGCAGAAGCAGAUUGGCUACGACGUGCUGGCGGAGGACACCAUCACCGCGCUGCUGCACAACAACCGCAAGCUGCUCGAGAAGCACAUCACGGCCGUGGAGGUGGACACCUUCGUGAGCCUCCUGCGCAAGAACCGCGAGCCCAGGUUCCUGGAGUACCUGGCCGACCUGUGUGUCUCCAACCACACGGCCAUCGCCGUCACGCAGGAGCUCAUCUGCAAGUCGGUGCUCAACCCCACCAACUCGGACAUCCUGCUGGAGACCAAGCUGUGCCAGAUGACGGCCACGAACCAGUACUGCGAGGUGUGGCUGUACUGGCGCGACUCGGACAAGAUGCCGCACAGCAAGUCGGUGCGCGCGCUGGCCGAGAGCUCGCGCACCUUCAACGCCGACGACGAGGAGAUCCUCGUCUACUACAGGUACCAGCUGAACCUCUUCUCGAGGAUGUGCCUGGACCGGCAGUACCUCGCCAUCGACCGCCUGUCCUCGGAGCUGAGCGUCGAGCUGAUCCUGCACUGCAUGGCGGACGAGGGGCUGCCCUACGACCUGCGCGCCUCCUUCUCGCGCCUCAUGCUGCACCUGCACGUGGACCGCGACCCCCAGGAGCCCGUGACCCCGGUGCGAUACGCGCGCCUCUGGUACAAGGUGCCGACGCGCAUCACCAUCAACGACUACGACGCGUGUAACGGGACGUCGACUGCGGAGAGUCAGUCUCGCUUCAAGGAGACGAUCGCCUUCGUGGAGGACUACCUGCGCACCGUCGUCGACCAGAGCAACCCCUUCUCCGACGGCGACAAGAACAAGUUGACCUACGAGGUGGUGAACCUGGCCAGGAACCUCAUCUACUUCGGCUUCUACACGUUCAGCAACCUCCUGUGUCUCACCAAGACGCUGCUCGCCUUCCUCGACUGCGUGGAGACCUUCCCGGCCUUCGCCGGCGAUCGCCUGGGCAAGCACGGCGGCGGCGGCGGCGGCGGCGACGUUCCCAGCGCGAGCCGCGUGAUGCGCUCGAUCCACGGCGUGGGGGAGAUGAUGACGCAGAUGGUGCUAAGGGGCGGCACCAUGACCGCGGCGGGGCCGGGCGGCCACGGCGUUGACGUGGUGCGACGCAAGCCGGUGGGCAACGGCAACGGGGAGGACGAGGACAUCACCGUGAUGGACACCAAGCUGAAGAUCAUCGAGAUCCUGCAGUUCAUCCUCAACGUCCGCCUGGACUACCGCAUCUCGUGCCUUCUCUCCAUCUUCAAGCACCAGUUCGAGGAGAACAGCAGCCCCGUGGUGGAGGAGAGCAUGACCGAGCUGACCUUCCGCGAGCCCUCCGGUCUUGACCUCAAGAGGAUUGGAGAACAGGCAGAAGCAAUAUUUCACGGAAGCGAUGAGAACGCUCUGCUCGACCUGGACGGCCACGGGGGGAAGCUGUUCCUGCGUGCGCUGCUCCACCUCACUAUGCACGACUACCCCCCGCUGGUGUCUGGAGCCCUGCAACUCCUCUUCAAACACUUCAGCCAGCGCCACGAAGUUCUCGAGGCCUUCAAGCAGGUGCAGCUGCUGGUGACGACGCAGGAAGUGGAGAGCUACAAGCAGAUCAAGACCGACCUGGACCAGCUGCGUCUCAUGGUGGAGAAGUCGGAGCUGUGGGUUUACAAGGGCCGCCAGCACGCCAAGCUGUCGGAGAUGCGCAGCAGCGAGGACCACAAAGAGGACUCCAAGGACACCAUCAAGAAGACUCACAUACAGACCCAUUGA